GGCUGGCCAGGGCCAGCUCCAGACUGCCUCUGCCGGGCUGCUGGGCAGGGGAAGAGGAGCCAUCCUCCUGGGGUCCAUCCUCCGGCCCCUGGAGACCCCUCUGCUGACCACCCCCAGCCACUGCCGCUGCUGAAACCCUCCUUCCAGCUUCCCCAGGGCCAGAAGAUGCCUGGUGCUGCUCAGCCUGCAGAGCUCCUGCCACCUGGGCGGCUCACAUCUGUCAUCUCACCUUUGCUCCUUCUCUCCCAUCUUUCCGCAAGGCUCCGCUGUGCCAGCUCCUUUCUUUGCAAACCGUGCCCUUGCUCAAAGCCUCCAAGGCCCUGUGCCAGGCAAAGCACUCUUUCGCUGUCCCCGCGCUGCCUCCAGUUCAGGGCUGUGCAGAAAACUGAAACCUCCUGUUUCUGCUGCCUGCUUCUGGAGCUAGGGAGAAGUGCUGCUAUGCUUUCCCUUGGAUCUGUCUCUGCUCUGCUUGAAUCCCAAUCUGCCUCUGUUUUCUCACGUGAGUGGAUGCAGUCCUCUCUCCUCUGCUCUCCUGCAUGCCAAAGAGAUCCCAUGUACUCUGGAGAGAUGACUCUUUUCACUCCAGCAACUGGGACCAAAUGGCUGGGCUUUCAAAAGCCAACCUGAGGUCCAGUCCCAAGCCACCGGAGACCUCUCUGAUGGCCACCACUUCAGCGACUGCAGCUGCUGCAACCCUCAGCGCUAUGCAAGCCCUGUGUACACUGGAAGCAAGUCAUUUAUCCAUGUGGAUGUUUGGUCUCCUGCUCUCCCUGACCGUGCUUGGCUCCAGCUCCGCGCCCACCUACCCAUGGAGAGAUCCCAUGACUAGAGAAAGAAUCAUGUGCCAGCAGUGCCCGCCAGGGACCUUUGUGGCACAGCACUGUACCAAAGACAGACAGACUGUGUGUAAACCGUGCCCGGAACUGCACUACACACAGUACUGGAACUACCUGGACGAAUGCCGCUACUGCAACGUCAUCUGUGGAGAGCAGGAGGUAGAAGUCCACCAGUGCAAUGCCACUCACAACCGCGUGUGCCAGUGCCAGGAGGGCUAUUACUCCAACUCUGAGUUCUGCAUCAGGCACUCCGAAUGCCCCCUGGGGCACGGCGUGGUGAAACCGGGCACUCCCUUUGUGAACACGAAGUGCGAGGAGUGCCCCCCAGGCUUUUUCUCGGACGUCAGCUCCAGUACCAAGCCGUGCCAAGCGCACCAGAACUGUCGGCAGCAGGGCAAGCUCACCAACGUCCCAGGAAAUCAGUUCCAUGACACUCGGUGCACUACCUGCGGCAUGGCCAAGGGCAAUGGCACCCAGGAGGCAGGUAAGGAGGACUGCAAACAAGCUGUGAUAGACUUUGUGGUUUACCAGAACAUCCCAAUGAGAAAGCUGAAGCGCCUUCAGCAACUCCUGGAGCAGCACUCCACAAGGAAGUAUUCCCAGGGGAACAGGGCUGCCAUUCAGGAGAAGUUUCGGGCGUACCUCCUCCAGCUGAAAGAGGAUCACUUGGAGCUCACCAAAGAACUACUGAUUGCACUACGGGCAGUGAAGCUGCAUGAGAUAGAAGAGGAGGUCAGGAAGCGCUUCAACUUGGCUUCUGAGAUCUAACCAAACAACUUGGUUAUUUUUUAAAUUCUGGCUUCUUUAAUUUAUUAACCUAACUCAAGUUAUGCCUUGGAGAAGUUGAUUGGUGGGGUAUGACUCAGACACGUUCCCUCACUCUCACCUGUUGCACUGCAUUCUGGCAGCUGACCAUAGUCGUGGAUUGUAUGUGUGUGUGCGUAUGUGUGCAUCUCUGUGCACACUGUCUUUCUAACUUUGCUUCAGAUGAAGCCUAUUAUACAAUAAGUAAAUGGUUGUGUCUGCGCUGGAGGGGGACUUCUUUGUCACAAGGUGGCUGAGAAGUCUAGGAGGAUCUUGUGCUCUCUAUUCUCUAGCCCAGCUUCUCCAGUCACGGAGUCAGUAUUGUUCUCUUUAUCAGGGCAGACACAAAGCACUUGAUAGCUGAUCACUGAGUGAUGGUCACUGCCAUCCUCUGUUUUAUUGUGUUGUAUUUUUUUAACCUUUCUAAUAUGUUCUCUGGGGACUCCUUUGCAUUUUUGUCUGUCAAAUUGCUUUUUAAAGGGGAGGGAGGAGUGAGGGGUGGAUUUCUGCCAAGACAGAAAUCAGGUCUCAUGUUGCUGGCUACGGCCUAUUUUAAAUUGAUUUCCAAACUGUGUUGUUUU